UUUUGUUCUCCAGCCGCUGAAGAGUGAACAGAUGGUGAAGCGGCUUGUUUGGGAACCAAAGUCGAUGCCACAUGCGUCUUUGGUCCAGUCCAGCUGACCUGCAGCAGGCAGCUGCAGCCUCCUCGCUCCUCUUCAAGAUCUCCACCUGCCGGGACCGAGCGAUCUUCUCCUCCCAGGCUGCCUUUUUUUCAUUUCUUUUAUUUAUUUUUUUAACUCCUGUUGGAGAGAUUGAUGGUUUCUUCUUCUCGCACCGCAACACUCCGCGGACGCUGCGUGGGUCACAGCCGCCUGCAGCGGAUUCAACGCCGCGUCUGCGAAAGGUUGAGACACGGUUCCUAUAAAAGGACGACAUCAUCAGAGGUCAAGACCAGGAAGCAUCAUUUAGGAGCACAGCGGAGACACAGCUAAUGAUCAUAGAGUUCUCCCUCCACUCUCCAGCCUCUGAUCUAAGUCUUGUUUGAGGAGCAGGAGCCGACACCAUGCUGCACCAAUCUCUAAUCUGGCUGUGUGUUGGUUUGACUCUGUCCUCGAUAACAAAGGUACAGGGCAAGGAAUGUCCACACCUGUGCGUUUGCGAGAUACGGCCCUGGUUUACACCCCAGUCCACCUACAAGGAGGCAAUAACGGUCGACUGCAAUGACUUGAGGCUCACGCACAUUCCAGUGAACCUCUCCACGGACACGCAGGUGCUGCUCCUCCAGAGCAAUGCCGUCUCUCACACAAACGGGGAGCUGAGCAGGCUGGUCAAUCUGACGGAGCUGGAUCUGUCACAGAACAACUUCAGUACUGUGGAAGCAGUCGGCCUUUUCAACAUGAACCACCUAACAACGCUGCAUUUAGAGGAGAACCAGAUCAGCCAGCUGCCGGACCACUGCCUGGGAAACCUCACAAAUCUGCAGGAGCUCUACAUCAACCACAAUCACAUUCACUCCAUAUCCGCCAAGGCGUUUGCUGGCCUUCACAACUUGUUAAGACUCCACCUCAACUCCAAUAAAAUUAAUGUCAUAGAAAGUCGAUGGUUUGAGGAAACCCCAAACCUGGAGAUCCUCAUGAUCGGCGAGAACCCAGUCAUUGGUCUUCUGGAUAUGAACUUCAAACCGCUCAAAAGUCUGAGGAGUCUGGUUCUUGCUGGAAUGAAUCUCGUGGAUGUCCCUGCAAAUGCUUUUGUCGGUUUAGACAACCUGGAGAGUAUUUCCUUCUAUGACAACAAGCUCAUCAAAAUCCCUCAACUGGCUCUGGAGAAGGUUCCCAAUCUGAAGUUUUUGGAUUUGAACAAAAAUCCUGUGCAUAAAAUCCAGGAGGGAGACUUCCGGAACAUGCUGCGUCUGAAAGAGCUCGGCAUUAACAACAUGAUGGAGUUGGUUUCCAUUGAACGUUUUGCCCUGGACAACCUACCGGAACUGACGAAGCUGGAGGCCACCAACAACCCGAAGCUGUCUUUCAUCCACAGACAGGCCUUCAGAGACAUGCCAGCGCUGGAGAGCCUGAUGCUCAACAGCAACGCUCUCACUGCGCUCUACCUGCACACCGUGGAAGUGCUGCCCAACCUACGAGAGAUCAGUCUGCACAGCAACCCACUGCGCUGCGACUGUGUCAUUCAGUGGAUGAGCACAAACCGGACCACGGUCCGUUUCAUGGAGCCUUUGGCGAUGAUGUGUGCCUCCCCGAUUGAACUCAGAGGCCAGCGAGUGAGGGAGCUGAAGGUGCUGGGUUCCACGGAGCAGUGUAUCCCCCUCAUAUCCCAUGACACCUUCCCCAGUCACCUGAACCUCAAGAUAGGCAUGAGUGUGACCCUGGACUGUCGGGCCAUGGCUGAGCCAGAGCCUGAGAUCUACUGGGUAACUCCUCUUGGAAUCCGAAUCGACAGUGAAACUGUAUCAGAGCGGUACCACGUUAGCAGGGACGGCACCUUGCAGCUGUCUCAUAUGCAAGUGGAAGAUUCUGGCCAUUACACCUGUGUGGCCCAGAACGUCGAAGGGGCUGACACUCGGGUUGCAACAGUUCGUGUGAAUGGGACUCUGCUGGACAAUGGCCAGGUGAUGCAAAUCUACGUCAAGCAGACGGAAUCUCACUCCAUUCUUGUGUCCUGGAAGAUCAACUCUCAUGUCAUGUCCUCCAACCUGAAGUGGGCCUCAGCCACGAUGAAGAUCGAUAACCCACACAUUACCUAUACAGCGCGCGUCCCAGUGGAUGUCCACGAGUACAACCUCACACAUCUCCAACCUGCCACUGAAUACGAGGUGUGUCUCACAGUCUCCAACAUUCACCUGCAGACACACAAGUCGUGCGUCAAUGUGACGACGCUGAGCGCUACCUUUGCCCUGAACCUUUCGGACCAGCAUCCCAGUGCAGCCGUGAUGGCCGUCAUGGUGACUGCUCUUGCCUUCCUCAGUGUGGCCACCGUGGCCAUCUACACUGCCCGUCGGUGGAGAAGAAAAAACUAUCACCACUCGCUGAAGAAAUACAUGCUGAAAACCUCAUCCAUUCCCUUGAAUGAACUCUACCCACCCCUCAUUAACCUGUGGGAGACGGAGGGAGAGAAGGACAAAGAUGCCAGUACGGAGGGAAAGCCUUCUCCUGUGGACACCACGCGUAGUUACUACAUGUGGUGAGGAGUUAGUAGCGAGGCCUAGUUGUCUCCACAGUAGCACAGACACACUUUUGCCAUUUUGGCGCAAAAGUCCAUUGAAGUUGCAAAUGUCUUUUUUUGUAUUGUCAGCUUUGCUAUUAACAGGCAGAGUGAUUGAGCACAGAGUUUUCUUUACUAUAGCGUAUCGCAUUAUGUUGGACUCUUUCUACUUUGAUUUGUUUUGGGCUUUCCAAAAUGGCAGAUCUACUUAGCCUGUCUUAGUUGCAAUGCUGUUUCUGUGGUGCAAUCUUAACUCACUUUUGUUCGGGUUAAUAACACUGCAGCAGGGACCGAAUGUCCCGCAGCAUUGGUAGAGCAGUGUUCCUCUCUGUUUGGUAAAACAGGUAAUCUUCUGUACACUGAUAGGUCAUGGAGUUUGUAUAAACUCCGAAGUAAGAGCCGACAGUGGAGUUUAGACUUGUUCAACUGUCUACUGAAUGUUAGCAAUUGUGCAGUAAUGUUGUAUCAACUAUACCUUCAAUCUUUUCUCAUUUAAAGCGGAAGAGAAUAGUAUUUUAGUAAUCACUAUACUGACGUGUUUGAUUUGCCAUCUGUAAUUUCACUUUUCCUUUACGUUAAAAAGCACAUUAGAAUUUCCCUCUUAUUAAGAGAUUGUACGUAAGGGGACUAGAAUCUUUUCAACAUUAAUUAGAGCAUUAUUUUUCAUGUAUAUUGACAUCAGUAUAAUAAAUCU